AUGGGCCGACCAACGCCAGUGUUUGCUCUGAGGCAUUCACCGCCACUGUCGAGUAUCACCUUGACGUUCGAAUGCGGGUGGGAAGAGCUCGAGCGAGUCUACGCAUACAAGUUGAUGCUUUCCAACUCGGCACCUCAUCUAAAGACCCUGCGAAUCACCUUUACUCAGCUUCCACGCCAAUGCAUUCCGAAACGCUGGCAGAAGACUAUGCACUCACUCGCGUACGUUCUGAAGGACUUGGAGCUACCUCAACUCGAAAGUCUGACCAUCAGUCGCACCACUGACUGGGACCCUGAGAACGACAUACGCUGGGAGAAUCGUCCAAUCUCCGUGGCUGGCAUAGACUGGGAAACCUUACUGCAACCUUCCAUGGUUACACUGACAAACCUGGCCUUCGAGAAUGUCCUCGUUAACUACUAUGACGCUGAGAAGUCGCCGGUGAGCCUUGCGGUCUCAACGCGCAGACUGCUGCACCAUCUCGCAGACAAAGGUCAAGCGCUACAGCGGGUUUUCUGGAAGAUUGCCAGGUAUGAGCAUUCACCACGUUGCCCGACUCGAGUACCGGUUUCAUCAUCGGGAUUGUCUUUUCCGCAUUGUAUCGCCGACUGCAAUGGCUACGAGGCGCACGGAAGUGUCAGCACCCCGACAGCUGAAAUGGACGGGCUUGCUGAGGAGAUGGGUGUUGCCCUUCAUGAGAGUGAGCAAAGCUGGGAGUUCGGGGAGUGGGUUGUUGGGACGUCGGCGAUGAGGAGGGCGGCGGCGGCGGCGGCGGCGGCGAAGGAGGAGGAGACAUGA